CCCCCUCUCAUCUACACCCCCCCGCGCCGCCUUCCCCCUCCCUCCCGGGCGCCGCAGCCAAUGAGCGGGCGGCCCCGCAUCCGGGGCUCCCCCGCCCGUCUCGCCCGUCCCCGCUCCACACACGGCCAUGGCGGAGGCCUCGGUCGGCAGGCAGAGUCCGAGGGUGGUUCCGUACCCAGCCCACAACCUAUGUCCUGGAGAGCCUGGUCUUCAGACUGCAGCAGUUGUAUCAAUGGGCUCAUCUGACCACCGAUUCACCCUAGCUGAGAUCCUAUCACAGAACUAUGGUGUACGAGAAGAGAAGGAGGAGGAAGACGAUACGCAAGAGAAAGAAAAGUCUUUAGAAGAGCUGGAAAAGAGUUUCAGUGCAUCUCAGCUGGUGUUGUACUCGGUGGUUGUUCCAUUCCUGAUGAAGCUUUGUCCUCCUCUCGCUCAGAGCAGUGAAAUGCCAUUCGAGGAGCUGCUUGCACUUUACGGCUAUGAGGCAUCUGAUCCGAUCUCGGAGCAGGACAGCGAGAGCAAUGACAUCCCUCGCAACCUGCCGGACAUGACCCUGGAUAAGGAACAAAUAGCGAAGGAUUUGCUUUCAGGGGAAGAAGAGGAGGAGACGCAGUCUUCAGCCGACGACCUGACUCCGUCCGUCACGUCCCACGAUGCGUCGGACCUUUUCCCAAACCAGCCUAGCUCAAACUUCCUGGCUGAUGAAGACAAAGAGCCCUGCUCUUCUCCAUGUGCUUCCUCCUCGGCAGAGGAUUCCGAAGAGGACUCCAUCCCAUCCAACGAGUGCAAGAAGGAGAUCAUGGUUGGACCUCAGUACCAGGCUGCUGUUCCUAUCCUCCACUUCAACAGGCACAGUGAAAAAGCCUACGAGAAUGAAGAUCAGCUGCUGUGGGACCCAAACAUCCUCCCCGAGAGGGAGGUGGAAGAGUUCUUGUACCGAGCAGUUAAGCGAAGGUGGGACGAGGUCUCCAGUGCCAAUCUGCCAGAAGGAGAGAUGGUGAAGGACAAUGAGCAGGCUCUGUAUGAACUGGUUAAAUGUAACUUCAAUGCAGAAGAGGCACUGCGGAGAUUACGAUUCAACGUGAAGGUCAUCAGAGAUGAGCUGUGUGCCUGGAGCGAGGAAGAAUGCAGAAACUUUGAACACGGGUUUAGAGUCCACGGAAAAAACUUCCAUCUUAUACAAGCUAACAAGGUCCGCACCCGGUCGGUGGGAGAGUGCGUGGAGUACUAUUACAUGUGGAAGAAGUCGGAGCGCUAUGACUACUUCACCCAGCAGACUCGCUUCGGAAGGAAGAAGUAUGUCCUCCACCCUGGAGCCACGGAUUACGUGGAUAACGACUUGGACGGGGCCGAGGCGGAAAAUGCCACCCGCUCUCGGAACUCCCCACCGAUUCCCUCUGCCACCAGCUGCCUGGACUCUCACUUCAAUCAAGAUCACCUGGCAAUUGAGAGUGCAGAGCCUCUGAGCGUGGAGAGCGCAGCAUGCAGUUUGGGCAGCAUGAGCGAAUCAGGCCAGGGUUACGAGUGCAGCACUCCCUCAGAGACAAACUGUUCCUUUGACCCUGCGGAGGACACGUCCUCGGGCGGCAUCUCAGCCACUUGCACGCGGCAUCCAGUGAACCCCUCAGAAAUGGGGCUUUACCAGCUGCCACCGGCAGGACCGGGCCUGGCAGACAAGCAGGAGACAUUGCAGAGCUCCGGCGAGACGAUAACUAUGGACUUCACUCUCCCCGGAGACAUUAACGAGGGGUUGCCUUUAAUUUCCGGCCGUGUGGAUUUGGACAGGGACCCAGAGGCACUGGUGUCCCCUGCUCAAGUGUCCUUAUCGGUCACAGAUUUUGGCAUCAUCGGCAUUGGAGAUGUAAAUAGUUUUCUGGCUGCUCACCAGGCCUGCCCGGGGCCGGUGGCUCGGUCAGAGCCUUUGUCACAGUGAGAAUUUCCAGUCUUGACCUUGUCACAGACCGAGCUACGACUUUGACCCGACUGAGUGAAUUCCCUGGGCUUCCGUGUUCCACGGGGCCAGUUUGGAGCUGUUGGUCGGAAUCUGUCUUUCCAUCCUCCUUGAUGUUUUGGCGUCUGUCCUUCCAAGGCUACAGUGAAACCAAACACCUUUCUGCUUUAGUGCUGUCUGACACACCUGCGCAAAGCUGAUGGGAGGUUUUAGUCGGGGGAUGAGUCCGUGAGCCCAGCCCCCCCAGUGUCGCCACAGGCAGCACCAUGCAGUUCAGACAGCCUCUGGCCUGAGCACAGUGGAAGUGUCCAGUGACACCAACAGAGGGCGCUUUCUCUAGGGCAGGCUGGUUGCACAGUGGGAUGUUAUUGAGGAUGAGGACGUGUCGUGGGCACUUUGGGGGCUGGGACGGAGGAUGUAACCGGAGGUACGUGUGCUUAGUUAAAGUGACAUGAAGCACAGUCAGUCCAGGCUGGAGGGGCCGUCUGGAUGCAGAGAUGGGCGUGCUUGUGCCGAAGGAGGGGGUGGACAGGCGCGGCCAUUCCCCCUCGCAUUUUGUGUUGCAAUAGAAGUAAUUCUCUCACCUUUUCUUUUCUAACAGCUGUAGCGUGCCUGUUGAUUUGUUAAUCUGGGGGCAGGCAUGUGUGUUGAGACUGUGUUCAGACCUAGAGCGCCAUCAGCGUCCGUCUGUCUUCUCCACUGCCAGGUCCAGAUGAGAAACAGCCUGUCCCAUCCCCUCCCAGACCUCUGGCUACAGCCUCAGCUCUUGGAAAGUAACAUUUAGGGAGGGCAGCCUGUCUGCACAUUGCCCCGCUCUCCUUCCCUUCCCAACACUUAACCAUUGGUUGUGCUGCUCCGUGGAGAACCCGAAUCCAGGGAUGAGGCUGCCCUGGGAGCAGAGGGAGUUUCUAGUCAGGCUGGCAGUGGGCGACGUGAUCUGUAAGAUCCUUGCUUGCAUUGCAAAAGGGUUAAAUCCGAAGGAGCUGCCUGACUGGUUCCAAACUCAUCGAUCAGCUGGGGGAAAAGGGUAGGUAGUGAUCAGUGAGUUGGAUCUUGGGACUUGCAUUAGAAUUCUACAGAAAUUGAAACAGAAGCUAGUGGGCUGUCUCUGAGGACAUGGUAUAUGUACCCAGGAGGUCGGCGCACCAGCCCACCGAUCCUGUGCUAAGCACGUGGCCCUCACCGGUGCAUCAAACCUGGGCACAUCCCUUGUAUCCUGUGCAAGCACAAGGCGCGUAGCUGUGUGCCUGAAAGGAGAGCUUUCAGCCCUAGGAGCCCAUCCGAGCAUCUGACACUCACCCCUGGCAGGACAGCUUGCCUACCCUGAGCAUCUCCUUUGCCAGCCUGGGUGAGCACAUGGCACACAGCCCUGGCAUGCUCAUGCAUCAGCCCCCUGGGGCAUCAACCCUGGUAUUCAAAAAUGUAAUGUAAAGAAACUCUCUAUUUUGUAAGAGACAGGAAUGUGUUUACCCUUGCGAGGGACAUGCCUGAGGUGACCGAGAUGGUGUCCGAGGGCAGCAGGGACGUUAGCCGCUGCGGAGAGUGCCAAACGAGACAGGGCCGUCUGUGGAUUGCAGGAGCCCGAUACCUCUCAGCUGCUCUGGCGCUAUCCGGAUUCGGGGGUUGCUGCUGGCUGAAUUUCCCCCGCUCCUCCAGGAGCGCACGCACACCCAUGGUGCGUGUACACUUACGGCAGUGUGUAGAGUACACACACUGCACGCCCAGCGAGCGCUGCUAGACAUGGCAGUGUAGGCAGCGAGGCACCGCUGAGGGAAGUGGUGCAGCGUGCCAGACACGCCUCAGCCCCCAUAGUAUAUUCCCAACGCAGCUGUCUGCCCACCCAGACAGCGCCUCCCCUGUCUACGCCGCUACUCUUACCAGUGUAGCGUCCUGUUGCCAGAGCCGUUCCCCACCGCGGGGAAGGGCUCUGGCAGCUCCCACGUACUGGAGCCUUUCACGGCGGCAUGUGGCUACAUGUGCAGUGCCUGUACUCUGUGCUGUGGACAUGGUCACAGGCACACAUUUCCCUGCCGUUCGGGGACUCCAGUGACAAACACCCUUCAUCCAAUUGCUUUCCUUUUUUCUUCUUAAAUAGCUGCCUUCAGACACCACCCUGAAGCUAGUCCUGCUGCUGAUUUGAAAUGACAUGAUCAGCCAUUGUGGGCUGGGUCCUCCCCUGAACAAACAGUGUUCACCUGUGCACUGUGAGCGUGAAGAGGGUGGAAAGUGCUACUGUCACAAUGUAUUUUACACCCACUUAGCACUGGGAUGGUGGGGGGAGUGGCGAUGUAGAAGCAGGCCCUGUCUCACAUUGCCCAAACCCCGGAUUUGUUUCACCCGCUCUGUCAGGGACCCGGCCCCUGGCCGGCUCAGCUGAGGUGGUAAACUCCAAAGUACAGCCGCCUUGAUCACACAGUUUGUGAGACAGAGGCGCUAACUCGGGGGAGUUUCCCCACCCACUGCUCCCGCCUGCUGGAGACGGGACACAAAUGUGAGCUGCCUGCGCCUGGCCCGAGUCCCUCGGGCUGUGAUUCCCUUUUUGGGGGCCUUUCCUUUCUGAAAGAAGAAGGAGUGAUAGGGGGAAGGUGUGGGGAAGCUCUCAGGCUUUUCCAGGGAGGGGGGAGCUCCCAGCACCCCUCCCAACAGCCAGGUACAUUGGAGGAAAGUGAUAAACGUUUUUUCUUUCAUUUUGUUUCAUUUUUGAGUCCUAACGAGUGGUGGGGGGGGAAAUGUCUCUUAUUUAUAUUCUUCAAUGUUGUUUACAGAUUCGAGCGGGGGCUUAAAGCGAACGUGGCACGUUUUCCUCACGCCCUGGCCGGGGAGGGAUGGAAAGGGCCGGGGAGAGGGAGUCCGUCUUUUGGUUUAGUUUUUCUCACGAAGCACAUUUACUUUGAGCCACCCCCAAUGCCGGACUCUUCCCCUCCCCCCCCGGAGGCCCCGCACUGUGAAGUGAUACUGCCUUGAAAACCCCUCGCCGUUAUUUAUUUAAUUAAAAAAUCGGAUUUGAAAACCAA